GUCUGCAGCUUAACGCAACAUGCAUGGGCGUGCCAUCAUCUGGAGCUGCAUCUGCAUUGGCAUUUGUCUCGGCCAUGUCUGGGCCGUGCCAGCGGCCAGGCCGCGUCGCCAGGUGGUGCAGCCAUUGUGGCUAAUGCGGCCCGAUUUGCUGCCCUCCUCACAGGCGGCACGGGUGAGCGUGACGCCGCAAAAGCUACAGGAAACAGCCGACAUACGUGCGAGCAUACAAAAGGCCGUCAAUGAGGGCACCUACGUGGUGGCCGCCAGUCCACAGCAGUUCCUGAGUGCGCUGGGCCAAGUGAACAGCCCAGGAGCAGCUGUUAACCCAUUCGCGAUGCCCGUGCUGCCCGCUUUCACGCUGCCAAAUGCGACUUGGUGGCGACCAUGUAUGUUUUUGUUCGCUUUUAUUCCGAUUCCAGUUAUAAUAAAUAAUUCAUAUUUAGUUUAGAAACAGCCGAAAGUGCGAGGAUUUUCCAUCAGCGACCGAACAGAUGCGGCAAUUUGAAUACUUUACGCGCCUUGAGAAACUGCAAAAAACAAUUUGCAUUAACUGGAAAUUCUUUUUGUUUUUAUUUGG